CUGUGUUGCCACAGGAAAUAGACUUAAACUAAGCGGAAGUAGUGAAAGAUAACCUCGCUAAUUUUUCUAGCCGUGCUGAGGCAAAUUGAAGUACUCUUUCUCCAUCAAACUCACUCAUUGUCGCUGCAGCGACGCCGAAACAUGGAUAGAUAGUGUUUGUUUUGUUGGAUUUACGGAGGUGGUCCCUGUAAAAGAUAAUCUCAUCACAUCUGUGCCCAUCUCGAGUGUCACUCUGUGGACUGUGACACAUACCAGCGGAGACAAACGGCUUUGCAUCCUGUGAAACUCCACAGUCCCCCCCACUUGUCCAGUUGCCACCAACAUGGCUAACAGCACCGCAGCAGCAGUGAAGGUUGGGACACCUGGCCCUGCAGGCAGAACUAGUCCAGAGGGAUCUCAGGUGCUAAGUAAGAAGAAGCUGCAGGACCUGGUGAGAGAGAUCGACCCCAAUGAGCAGCUGGAUGAGGAUGUGGAGGAGAUGCUGCUACAAAUUGCAGAUGACUUUAUAGAGAGCGUAGUGACAGCGGCCUGUCAGCUGGCCCGCCAUCGCAAGUCCAACACCUUGGAGGUGAAGGAUGUUCAAUUACAUCUUGAGCGCCAGUGGAACAUGUGGAUUCCUGGUUAUGGCUCAGACGAGAUCCGACCGUUCAAGAAGGCCUGCACCACAGAGGCUCACAAACAGAGAAUGGCGCUGAUCCGCAAGACAACCAAAAAGUAGCAAGACUGUACACUAAUAUGUUGUACCCACUCUGUGUAUUGUCUUUUCUUUUUGUUCGUUUUCUUCCUUUUAAGUUUGGUUUUUUGGACUAUAAAGAAGAAAGAGAUGGUUUGGUUGUUUUCCCCCCCAUUAGACAUUAGAUAGGAUUUCAUUGUGUCUCCUUAACGUGAGUGUUUUGCCAGCACCAUCACACAAUAAUGUAAUUCUUGUCUCAUGAUUCUGUUUUGUUGCCAUUAAGCUAAGCCUGGCAGAACUCUACUCAUUGCGUUUUUGUCAAUAAACGUUUACUGGAAUACUUCUUUUGGACGUUGGCCACUGCUGUAUCUGGUUUGCCUUCUUCAAAGCAAAAGAGCAUUUGGAUGUGAUUGUAACAAUUUUGUUUCGUGUUAUCUUGCCAGUAAUAAUCAUAACCACUGAGUAUGUAGUCCAUGAUAGCUCCCUUGUUUACUCACUCCACUCAUACAAUGUUGUUGAUCUUUUUUUUUUAUUAAAUAGAUUGAUUAUACCAAAUUUCUACUGCAAAUGGUGGCUACAAACACAAAAAAGCCAGGCUUCUUUUGUUAGACAUCUGUGUGCUCCAGUGCAUUACUGAUUGUAGUAGACUUCAUUAUAUUAACUUUUAUUUUAACCAUCUUUGUACAUUUUAUUUUUUUCUUUGGUUUACUUCAGCCAAUUGCAUCAAAAUAAUGACAGAAUAAAUGGUGCUCAGAUGUUGAUUUCACA